AUUUCUCUCUUCCAAAAUCUCAAUUCAACUUACUCCUCCUUUUUCUCCUCUUGAACCUCUCACUAGGGCUUUAUCAACACAUUCUCUAUGGCAUUUUCCUGAACAGUAAUGGCGGCUAUAGCUUCAGCUUCCGCUUCUACCAGAGGAUUCGCAGCUACCGAGCUGCGAAGCGUUGAUAUAUUGCCCUCAUUUCGCAAUGGAUUUGUCGAAUUUAGAAGGACGAAUAGGAAGUUGAUUGGUGGUUGUCGUAAUAGUACUGGAGGUUUUUUCAGUGUAAAAUGUUGUUCAGAUUCAACAAUGCCAAUUAGAGGAGCAAGUGGUGGUUCUGGGAAUGGUGUUGAUAAAAGUGAUGAUUGGAGGUUUGAUGCGAAGAAGACUAGUGCUAAUUAUAUGAGGAUCCAAGCUUCUUCUGCAAUGCCUUUUCCAUCUCCUCAGUCUAGAUUUAUUUCAAAGCCAGAAAAAUUCUUUUUCCGCUGCAUCCCAAGAAAUUCAGGCCCACAGUCCCGUGAUUCUCCACCAAAACGAGACACUGGUAUUGCGAAUGAGAAAGACUGGGGGAUCAGUAUGUUAAAUGAUAAUGUCAAUGAAAGUGGAAUAAACGAGGAUGGCAGUACGUGGUAUCGGGAGAGUGGGGAAGACCUUGGUGACAAUGGAUACCGAUGCCGAUGGACAAGGAUGGGUGGUCAAAGCAGUGAUGGUACUUUAGCAUGGAAAGAAACGUGGUGGGAGAAAAGUGAUUGGACCGGAUACAAAGAACUUGGCGUUGAGAAAUCCGGGAAAAAUGUUGAAGGGGACGCAUGGUGGGAAACAUGGCGGGAAGUUCUUCACCAAGAUGAAUGGAGUAAUCUUGCUAGGAUUGAAAGGAGUGCACAAAAACAAGCAAAAUCAGGCACUGAGAACGCUGGGUGGUAUGAAAAUUGGUGGGAGAAGUAUGAUGCGAAGGGUUGGACAGAGAAAGGGGCACACAAGUAUGGCAGACUAAAUGAACAAUCGUGGUGGGAGAAAUGGGGAGAACAUUAUGAUGGAAGGGGAUCUGUUCUUAAAUGGACAGACAAAUGGGCGGAAACUGAGCUAGGAACAAAAUGGGGAGACAAGUGGGAAGAGAAGUUUUUUGCUGGAAUUGGCUCGCGACAAGGAGAAACUUGGCAUGUGUCACCCGCCGGUGAUAGAUGGUCUAGGACAUGGGGAGAGGAGCACUUCGGAAAUGGCAAAGUGCACAAGUAUGGCAAGAGCACAACAGGUGAAAGUUGGGACAUCGUUGUGGAUGAAGGAACUUAUUACGAGGCUGAACCUCACUAUGGAUGGGCAGAUGUUGUAGGCAAUUCAACCCAAUUAUUGUCAAUCCAACCUCGAGAAAGACCACCUGGUGUAUUCCCAAAUAUGGAUUUUGGUCCAUCUAUGCCUCCAGAAGAUGAAUUGCCUCCCACUUUGUCACAAUGACAAGCUCAUUUAUUUAGGUUGAAGUUGAAUGCUAGUAGUUGGCAAUUUUUCAGGUUUUGACUGUAAUUGGCAAGACUUUUAAUGUAACAAAACAUGCUUUGCCUAUUCAUUUAUUUCAUUCUUUUAGGGAUUUAAAUCA